UUAUUCACAAUUUAUGCAAUUUAGAUAAAUAAAUUGUUGCUGUAUACACGAACUUUAAAGAACUGUUAAAAAAAAAGGGUUGAGUUGACAAAAAAUUUGGAAAAAUAAUUUUUAAGUUAAUUCCCAAAACAGGAAAACUGCAAGAAAAGUGUUUAGAAAGUGUUUUUAAGGGUUUUUAGGAAUAUUACAAAAAAAAAAGGCCACAAAUUACAGAAUAUUUUUGAAAAAUUCCAAAACCCCUAGAAAAAAAAAAUGGAUGAUUCCGAAGUACAAAUGGUCCGCUCUGCUAAAGGCAAGGAUAUGCUAUUAGUGGGCAAAUAUUUGUUUCAUUAUGAUGAUCGCACAACGAAGGCUUAUCGUUGGGUAUGUAGUCGACGCAAGGAUGCUAUACCAUGUCGUGUGCGUUUGUAUACAACCUUAAUUGAUGAAACAGAUGAAACGCAACACGCAGUUAUCCGUAUAACGGGCGAACAUCCCCACGGACCUGCUGAUGAGGAUGCCAUAAAGAAGGCAAAAGAACGCAAACGUUCGGCGGUAAUGUUAGGUUUAGCAUGUACCCUGCCAAAUAAUACGUUAAAGCGUAAGUUGAAAGCGGAACAAGCUAAAUUAGCAAAACUUGCUAGAUUGGCGGCAACUGGUAAUGAAAAUGAAUCAGAGCUUGUCGAAUCUUUGCUGGAAGAGUGUGAAACGGAUAUAAGUACUUCUAUGAUGGGGCAGGAAGAGGAGAAAAAAGUUUUAAUGUUAAAAACUGCUAAAGGUUAUAAUAUGAUUGCCGUUAACGGAUGUGUGUAUCGGUUAGACGGUAAGUCUGUAAUGUCUUCAACAUAUCGUUGGAAGUGUUUUCGCUCUAAGGAUUUGCAAUGCACUGCGCGUAUUUACACGGAAUGUUUAACAAGUGGUCAGCAUCGUUACAAGGCUAUACGCUUAAAUGAGGGUGUUCACAAUCAUGAACCUUAUACUGAGAAUAAAGUCACUACUUUGAUUAGACGUAACAACAUUAAGAUUUUACAUGGCGAUGAGGAGCAUGGUACUUUGCAAGUGUUCGAUGGUUUCAAGUGUAAUCCUCUAAAGGUUGGUAUGGCGCCUUUAUCGAGUCAAAGUGGCGGCAAGGUACAAGGUAUAUGCGGUUCUCUCGGAACGCCAGUCCGUCAAGGUGUACGUUAUGAACGAGCCGAAUCCACAGCUGCUUUGUAUAAGUACGUAGAAAAUCCUAUAGAAGCACUUAAUGAUCCGAAGGAUGGCGAAAUAACCAAAUUUACGUUUCUGCCAUCUAAGAAAGGCAAUAAAGUGUUGUGUUUGAAUAAAAUGAUAUACCAUUACGAUUCCAAAGGCGCAACAAGCAAUCGGGCUUACUGGACGUGCCUCUAUCGACGUCAUAAAGGGCAUAAGUGUAACGGUCGUUUGACAACUGAAGAUGUUGAGGGUCUUACCAGAAUAACUAAGGUCUCUGGGAUGCAUAACCACGAAGAUCACAUGUCAUAUAUUGAAAAGAAAUUAAGCGAGUCCGUACGAUCCGCGGUCAGUCAGCCAGAUUCAUUACGAGAUGAUGACGACAACGAUAGUUUCACACAACAUGUAAUUGAAGAAGAAGACUCAGAUGGGCGCACCGAUGGCGACAUUACAUACCACGAAAUGGUACAAAUUGACCCAAACGAUACUGAAUAUGAUAACAAAUCAUUUGAUUCAAAAAUCGAAAUAGUUUACGAGGAUACCGUUGUUGAAGAAAUCCUAGGCGGAUUCGAUGAAAAUGAAAACGAGCAUAAAUCUUAUGAAACGGUGGAUUGUAAAAUUGAAAAAGACUCCCUUAAGGACACAAUCGAGUAUGUAGAAAUGGAGCGUGCAACCGAAGAUGAAAUCAAAAAUUAUCAUUUCAAAUACGAAUGCGACGAUUACGAUAAUGAUGAUGAGGAGGAUAACGAUGAUUUAGUUAGCAUAGACGAUAAUCAUGAUUCGGAUGAGACAUAUACGCCUGUAAAUAAAAAACCGAAAUUAACAUUAGCAACCCCAGCGCAUCGAAUAACAAGGCAAACUUUAUCGCGUGGUCCUCAUCCCGAUAAUAUUGACAUCACAAAGGUAGCCAAAUUACGUUCAGCUAAAGGAGGUGAAUUAUUGUGCGUCGAUGGUUUCAUCUAUCAUUUGAAAAGUGUUUCGCCCAAUAAUCGUACAUAUUGGUCUUGUAUCAAGUCGAAAGAUCGCAAAUAUAAAUGUCCAGCACGUGUAGCUUCCGUAUCGAAAAAUAAUGAAAUUAAAGUAACUCACGUCAGCAACUAUCAUACGCAUCCCUUUUCGGAAGAGGACAUUAAACGUCGUUUGUACAAUGAAUUCUCGAAAUUGGAAAACACUGAACUUAAAGUCAAUGAUAUACUUCAUAGGCCGAUAAGUGAACUAAAUCCAGAAUUCGCAAAAAUCUUAAAAAAUCGCAUUCGUACCGAACGUAAUUUUAAAAUGGCAAAAAAUGGAAUAAACAUGAAAUUGUAUGCUGUUUCGGAUGGUCCGCCAUCUUUGGCUGUACGUAUGUGCCUUAAAGCUUUGGAAUUACCCUAUGAAUUAAAGAAUGUGAAUUUUAUGGCAUCCGAACACAUGACCGAUGAAUAUGCUAAGUUAAAUCCACAAAAAGAGAUUCCGGUCUUGGAUGAUCAUGGCUUUUGUCUAUCGGAAAGUGUAGCUAUUAUGCAAUAUCUGUGCGAUAAAUAUGCUGAUGAGACUCCAUUGUAUCCAAAAACACCAAAAGCAAGAGCUUUAGUUAAUCAUCGUUUAUGUUUUAAUAUGUCAUUCUAUUAUGCAAGUAUAUCACCUUAUACUAUGGCUCCCAUCUUUUUUGAUUACGAACGGACCGAAUUGGGCUUGAAGAAAGUACGGAAUGCUUUAAGUGUUUUUGAAACAUAUUUGAGACGUUUAGGCGCAAGAUAUGCUGCAGGCAAUCAUUUGACUAUAGCAGAUUUUGCUUUGUCUUCAUCGACUCUAUGUCUCGAAGCUAUUGAGUUUGAUUUGAAAUCUUAUCCUUUAGUAUGGAAAUGGUAUCAGACAUUUAAACGUGAAUAUCCAACUUUAUGGGAUAUUGGUAAUACCGGAAUGAAAGAAAUUAUCCAUUUUGAGCAGAACCCUCCGGAUAUGUCGCAUAUGCAACAUCCAUUCCAUCCUACAAGGAAAGCUUCUACAUUUUAACUUGUUUGUGUUUCAACAAAUAGAAAUCUUUUUCUUCUUUUUUUUUUUUUAUGUGAUAAGUGAAAAUAGAAUCGAUUGGAAAAUUAAUAAAAUAAUUAUUAAAUAGAAGAAAAUAACUUACGUUUUGAUCAAGGCGAAAUUCGGCAAAGUAAGUUCUACUAGACUUAUUAAGAAAAAGAAUAAGCCUGUCUGGCUGGUUAGAAAAUAUCUAGAGUACUUUGGAAUGGAUUAUGCCGAGAAAGUAAAGAGUUGCGACAAAACGAGUGGGAAAACACUAUAGUGGGCUACGCCACCCUACCGCUAUUAACAUAACGACUUUUCAAAAUACGAUGCCAUACGGGAAGUGGUGUGUCAGUUUGUCCUUGGGUCAACAUUUCCACGAAAAUAGCAAGCUGUAGGCUGAACACAAGAAAACUGUAUGGACAGACGGACAGACAAGCGUGGAUUGAUUUAGGAAGUGAUCUUGGAUCAAUCGGUUUAAUAAUAGACAUAUCAACCUCAAGUUCUUUUGGGUGUUGCAUACAUUUGCUCGAUCUUAAUAUAGCCUUGCGUGCGAUAUAAAGGGUUGAAGCCGCCUAGGAGAAAUUACGCUGAGGAAGUAGAAACAAAUACUAAAG